AUGUGCCUUACCUUCUGGUACCACAUGUAUGGCAGCUCGAUGGGCACGUUAAACAUGUACAUAGAGAUGGACCAGGCCUUACCCUCGGUGCCUAUGUGGACAAAGUCGGGCGAUCAGGGAGACGAGUGGCACAUGGUGGAACUCCAGAUAGACAUCGUAGCGGAGUACAGGGGGCCAGGCUCUCUUUACAGCACGUUUGUUCGUCCCUCUGACUCCACCAUGUGCCUUACCUUCUGGUACCACAUGUAUGGCAGCUCGAUGGGCACGUUAAACAUGUACAUAGAGAUGGACCAGGCCUUACCCUCGGUGCCUAUGUGGACAAAGUCGGGCGAUCAGGGAGACGAGUGGCACAUGGUGGAACUCCAGAUAGACAUCGUAGCGGAGUACAGGGUGGUUUUUGAGGGUAUUAUAGGGACGUCCUUCUACAGUGACAUCGCGCUGGACGACAUCACAUUUGUACCUGGGCUGUGCUCCUCACUCAUACCAGCCUGUCAUCCACUUGGCGUGGAAUCGGGUGCCAUAGCGGAUCAAGACAUCACUGCAAAGUCUUUCUCUCAGUCCAGUCAAACCACAGGGAUGUUUCCCUACAACGGUCGCUUACAUGGGGGAAGCGCCUGGGUAGCCGGCACAGUAGAGAGCGGAGAAUGGUUACAGGUGGAUGUAGGAGAAAACCAGUACAUCUCAGGGGUAGUCACUCAGGGACACGCGACAAAACUUCAAUGGGUAACCUCCUACAAACUAAAGUUCACUACAGGAGCUGGUGACUGGGUGUUUUAUAAAAUCAACGGCAUCGAGAAGGUCGAUUAG